CUUCCGGUUUCUUGACAAAGCUUUAUUGGUGAACUAGAUUUAACAACAAAUAUGGGUAAAAAACACAAGAAACACAAAUCAGAAAAGAAAUCUCUUGAUGCAGAAGAGAGUUAUUCACAGGAGGUUGUAGAGAAGCCCUUGAAGCUAGUGUUGAAAGUUGGAGGUUCACAGCCCACAGAGACAAUACAGGAUGUGUAUACACACUCACCACACCAUGAGGAGAAGAAGCACAAGCAUAAGAAGAAGAAAAAGAAGAAGGAUAAGGAUAGGGACAAGGAUAAAGACAAGGACAGACACAAGCAUGACGGGGAGGGCAGCAGCAGCAGCAGCAAGAGGAAGGCAGAGACGUAUGUGGGAGGUGAUGAGGGCACAGACUUGCCACAGGAGGAACCCCCUGAGAAACAGCCUCACAUUGUCGUCCCCCCGCCCCAGGUGGUGGAACCGGUCAAGAUGGAGGUGGAGGAACAGGAUGAUGCCAGGGAGCCACGGCAGUGUACCAUCCAAGGCGAGGACAGCAAUGCUAUACUUAGACAGUGUCUACACUACAUACAGAAGAAAUUACAGGGGAAGGACAUAAAUGGUUUCUUUGCCUACCCAGUGACUGAUGCCAUUGCCCCCGGCUACUCCAGCAUCAUCUCCUACCCCAUGGACUUCAGCACCAUCCUCACCAAGAUUGAAGAUGACGAGUCGAAUGUCAUGGAGUACAAGAAAGAUUUCAUCACAAUGUGCAACAAUGCUAUGACAUACAACCGGCCGGAAACUAUCUACUACAAGGAGGCCAAGAGGUUGAUGCAGUCAGGCCUGAAGCUUCUCAGCAAGGAGAAGAUAUUCAACAUGAAGAAGACCCUGAGCUUCAUGGCCAACAUCACUCUGGAGGAGAUCGGCUUUCAUGAGAACGGCGCUGUUGCCGAGAUGGUGACAGUCAUCGAUGAGGAAGAACAGAGGAGGAAGGAGCUGAAAAAAAUACAGAAGUCAAAGAGCUUGACUCGGUUUGAAGCCAUUCCGGACAACAUGUCCCCAGAGCAGAUCCUGGCCCAGGCCCAGGCUGCAGCCAAGGAGGUGAAGGAGGAACUCACUCUUCGGAAAGACAAGAGCAAGUUUGGAUUCCUGAGAAGAAGGAAGGAUGGAGCUACUACUCUUACAGUGGUCAACCCUGACAAUGAUGGCAAAGUGAGUGAAACAGAGAAGGUUGUUGCUCUAGGGGAAUUGACAGGGAAACUGACCACAGGAUCUGGUAAUCUGGCUGGCUUUAAAGAAGACAAAAGAAACAAAAUAUCUCCAGUGACCUACCUCAACUACGGACCCUUCAGUAGCUAUGCCCCUCAGUAUGACUCCGCAUUCUCCAGCGUCUCCAAGGAUGAGUCCGACCUGCUGCUGUCUACAUAUGGGGACGAAACAGGGGCACAGUAUGCCAAGAGUGUGAUGAGUUUUGUGGAGAAAGCGGAGGACUACGGGGUGAAGAUGGUGGAUGUCCUCCUGGAUGUGCUCACCAAGGGGGAACACAGCAAGACAAGGAGGCUGCUAGAACAGAAGAAGAAAGUGGAAGCUGACAAGAAGGCUGAAGAGGAGAAACAGAGAGAGAAAGAAGCAAAAGUUAAGAAGAACAUUGAUUUCAACUCCCUUAGAAGCCUUGGUGACCUUGGACUUGACGUCUCUUUUGUAGACUACUUUGAGAAAGAGAUAGGUAAUGACAAGCUGCAAGCCCGCUUGGACCAGACGGCGGGCCUCAUCACGGACCUCCAGCAGACGCAGAGGGAGAGGCUGAGUCAGAAGCCACCUGCACAUCUUGGACUGGUCCUCGGGCCGUCUGACAGAGAAGCUGAACUGGCUGAGAAAGUAUCGAAGGAACUGAAGGCAUUAGCCCGUGAGGCUGCUCCCAAGGACAUUGUCAGUGUGAAGGCUGUACGCUCAGCUCUGGGAAUUACCAUGCAACCAGUUGUCUCCCUUCAAUCUCAGAACCAGGGCAAUAGCAGCCAGCCAAUGGAAGGUGUUGACAGUGAAGCUGCUCAGUCACAGGCAGCCAAUGAGGGCCAAGAUAACAAUACCAUUGACACAGAUUUACAGGAGUUUCUGCAACAAGGCUCCGCAGUCAGCUCAGCAUCUCCAGCGGGCAUGGAGACAUCAUCCUAGGAAGACUGUCUGUGUGCAUGUGGACAAUGAGGAAAUGGCAUCAGUGGGAGAGGCAGGCAUGUUAUCAUGACCUGAUAUUCUUCUUUGAGCAGGAAAUCAUUUUGUUUGAUUACUAAGUUCAUGCCUCACUGAUUAUCGUAAAAGGCAUCUGUACUUGUGGUAAGGGGCAGCUAACGGGACUGGGUGGUCAGACUUGUUGACUUGGGGAUGAAUGUCAUUAUAUCCCAAAUACUUAGAUUGGUGCUCAUGAUGUCAAUCACUUGAUUGCCCUGUCUAAAUUCUUUACAGACUGCCAUCAUGUAGCUGGAAUAUUGCUGAAGGCAGCAUAAACAAAAACAAAACCAAAUUUUUUGACAAAACAAAAAAACUUGACAAAACUCUUGUAUUGGCCAAAUGUUUGAUACCUGCCUGUGCUUCAAGUCAUUAAGACCUGUAAUUAUCAAACACAGGAUAUGUUGGAAGAUACUUUCCUCAUAGAUAUAAGGCUGUACGUAGAAAACUGUACCAGUAAUGCUGAUGAAGUGAGCUGAUCAAAGUGGUUGUAAGGUACACUAUACAUCAACAAAGCAGUGUUACCCACACAAUGAAGUGAGCUUAUUGCUGAUAUCUUGAUAGACAUUAUCUGCUAGUCUGAAGCCUGAGAUUUCAAUGUAGUCGAGGAAGGAGCCCAUCUGAGGUAAAAUCAUCACGUAGCUCAUGUACUUGUGUCAUGAACCUCUGUGGCAGGUCAUAAUUUCCAUGUUAACAUUGCCUCACCAUGACAUUUUGCCAACAUGGUGCUGGAACAGCAUUUACCCAUCAUGUUCAUUCUGUCAUUGUAAGUCUGCUCCAAUACUCCCACGUAUGUGUACAGUCUCAUUCCAUGUUCAUUGUGCCACUACAUCUGUAUUUAUAUGGGUCAUGUGUUCGUCAUUGUCAUCCUCUCUCAACAUGUAUCAUGUACAUUUAUGAGAUCAGCACAUUAAACAUAUUUGAACAAGUGA